AUGGCCUACACCGCACUCACGGCUGCCCCCUCAGAGUUGCUGGUGUUGUCUAGGGUCCUUUCGACCAGCAUCGAUAAACGACACCCUACCAUCGCAUCCAUGGUGAACGCAACAGGAGAGUGGCUGUCCGAGUCCUCUCGGGUAGGACUUGGCCCGCAAUCUGGCCUAACCUCGGAUGAAAGGUGCAUGCGCCAAAACACCAAUUGGACAAGUCGGGCAGGGCCACAGUGCAGCUUGCUUGAUUACCUGAGUGCACACGCUCAAGAAUUGUACCUUCCACAUUCUAGCACUGACCCCAGCUUUGUGUCCCGGAUUCGAAUCCACCUGUAG